GAAGGAGGCAAGACUAAUGGAGGCAAGACUAUAUUGUGUGCUCCUCACUCGUGUGGGAAUGUGACAGCAGAGGAGGGAAUGUCCCCGGCAGCGCUGAGAGGGAGAGCUAAAGCAGUUGAGAGGUAGGGGAUGCUGUGAGGCUACAGUAUGUGAGAGGGUAGCAGGGAGGGGAUCCCCGGGGAGGUGGGAACAAUCCUUAGAAUAGGAUCGGCAGGAAGCUUUGUAGCCCAGAGCAUGCCAUGGGGUGGAUCAGAGAAGCAGGAGCCUGCUUGAGAGAGAAGGCAGGCAAACAAGGUAAGCGCCUCUGUAAAGUCCCGUAUGUGGCAGCUCCCGGGCAGCCUCUAGUCAGGUGGAGUGGAAAGAGACAGGCAAAGCCGAGAGGACGUUCCGCAAGCUCAAUAGCGCACAUUUGGCGCACACUAAGACAUACAGUGUUCUCUGUGCCCAGACUCUUUGGUGGACUUUCCAGUGUGUAUCAGAGGAUCUACUGACUGGAGUAUUGGACAGACUCUGUGCCAGGACUUAUUAUGGUGCUGUGGAGCUGGAUUUAAACUGGGCUCAUCCCCUGGAGAUGCUCAGUUUUGGGCAGGGGGACCUCACAGUCACAUUGUGCUACUGGUGGAAGAACCAAAUAAACAUCUACAGGGGACUGUACAGGAGCACAAUAGAUUGUUGGCAGGUGUGUUGCGAGGAGAAAUUAAAUGCUUCAAAGGAGCAGUGUCCUGAAUGGAGCUGUAGAUCAGAGGAAUCCACUGGGCUUGUGGGUAAACUCCCAGGAAAGCUCUCAGAAACUUGGUGUCCUAAGCAAAGAAACAGAAAAUCAUUGGAAAACAACAGUAAGGAUAAAGGAAGGAAUCACGACAGAAAAAAGACGUUCAUGGGAAGAGGAUCCCUGUCUAUGACAAUCUCACUCUGGAGCUAUAAGGUAACGCUCUGGACAGUUAUUGUGUCAUUUCUGCUGCUGUCAGCAAUGGUAACUGGGUCUCCCACUCCAGAGGUGAAUAUGAAUGGGCAGCCAAACCCAGAGCGAGAGGCAGGCAUUUUGGGGACAGUUAGCUCAGACAGCUUAGAGCCAACACCAGCAGAUGCCAUGGACCAAAUCAUCAGAUCUACCUGGAGUUCCUAUAAUGGUGACAACGUAACUUCUGAAGGGCACGUCCAUGAUGACCUGUCAGAUGACCUCUUAUUCCGGUCAGAACGUUCUCCUAUAGAAUCUGCAAGAUCCAAGAAAAACAAGAAGAAGUCUGAUGGGCGUCGAAAAGGAGGGGGCGGAAAAGGCUGCUGCUUGCGGCGUGCACGACUUAAAGUUCGAGACUUGGGGCUGGGUCACAACUCAGAUGAGACAAUUACAUUUGCUUACUGCAGUGGUGCUUGCCAGCAUCCUCGCAACAACUAUGACAUUGCCCUCUCUACCUUGCUCAAACAAAAGCUCAUAACUCCUGGCUCCCAUGAACACAUCAGGGAUCAACCCUGUUGCCGCCCUACACGUUAUGUGCCUUUUUCAUUUAUGGACGUCUACAACAACUGGAAGACAGUAGAAGGGCUUUUAGCAGCUGAGUGUAGCUGUGUGUGACAAAUAAUGGUGUAGCAGUGAUAAUCACCUAUGAGACUGGCUUCUGACUGCUGGGACAGGCCAAAAGGCAUUGGAAUGUUAGAGGAGGUACAGAAGCCUGGCACAAUGCCACUGGUGACAUGGCAUUAUUUUGGUUUGCAGAAAACUAAUCAGAGGAGAAGAGCUACUGGUCCAUUGGUCCAUGCAGUAAUUCCAACCCAAGGUUAUCUGAAUGGGAAUUAUGAAUAAUGUCAUUUUCGGCUGUUGGAGUAUACAAUAGUGUUGUACUUUUUGGGUGCAAUUUCUUUUUCGUCCUAUGGAUUACUGAAACGUAACAAAAGAUCAUAGCAUUACAUAGGUCCAGUUUGCUAAAGGGUCCAAACUUGGAUAUAGGAUUUGCUAUAAAGUAUAAAAUCUGCUCCUUCUUUGUAUUGCGGCAAUAUACAGUUAGUGCGUUUAAAGGGAUACGUGUUUGCAAAAAGAACUGCAGAGCACACGCAAUAAAGUUUGUUAUGUAGAGAAUGCAGGGCUACUUCUAAUCAUGACAUUCUAGAAGUAAUUCCUCAGUUUGUUAUUAUAAGCGUUCUAAGCAUAUAGCUGAAUGAUUUCUUUUUUCCUACCAAUCAAUCUUAUUUUUGGUACUGGAUACGGAUAAUCAUGCCUGUAUCACUAAGUAGAUUUAUUCAAUGCCUAAUGAUGCAAAUCAAUAUAGAAGAUGAUAUAUACAGAGAGGUAGGGCUUUUCCUAGUAGGAAACUAUGUUAGUGGUGGGAUAAUAAUUCUCUGCAUUUGCACAUUGAAGCUGCUUACCUGUAAUUGCUAUAAGCAUUGUAUUCCAAGAGGAAACCCAGGUUGCUUUUACUGGACUAAAUGGUUUUCUUUGACAGUUUAUAAAAAUGUUAGAGCGGUAGCAGAUCCCAUCUUUUUCCUGCACAUGCCGAGAGAUACCUCAUACAGAAGAAAUCGCUUUGUUGAAUUUAGGAUUAAUCUGUUCAUGUUAUUAUAGUGUUUGAAUGUCACAGAUUUCUCAUAAUUCGUUAAUAAUCAGUUCCUGACAGCAUUCUUACAUUUGAGAAUUAGUCACUGCCAGAAGAUUAAUUUGAGUUUUGCAACUCAAACUAGCAGAAUCAAGUUUUUUCUUACAUAAGAUACCAUUUAAGUUGUGAGUUCAUUCGAGGUAUGAAAAACUCUGACAUUCCACCUUUGAUAAAUAACCCCCCUUAUUCUGCAGUCGUAAUAGGACAUUUAUGGAUGGAAAUCUGACAGCAUCUACAACUUUCCUGCUGAGGAUCUCAUUCACCAGUCAUAUCGAAUUUUCCCAAUGAGAAACAUUGGUAACAGUAAUAUUACUCAAAUUAUUUUAUUCAAAUAGAGGCUGUCCAACCUAAUAGGUGGGUCAUGCUAUAACUGCCCUUACAGAUUUCUUUUUCAUUUCAGUUUAUUCAUGGUGCAGCAGUCAAGUAUGCUUUGUGACUUGUGAUGACCAUGUAGGGGUAUAUACAGGGAGGAAGGAUCAUUUUCAGAUGUGUUGAACCAAAGACUCAUUCUAAUCUUGAUAAUCAAGGCUGAAGUUGGCAGGAUGAAUAGACACGGGCUUCAAAAUGCAAGCAUGCAUUUCUGUAUUUCGCAGCCAAUAAUAUAUGACUCUUCCGUUUUUUUCUUUGCUGUUUAAGUAACUACCUAAACUCACCUAUUGGAGAUUGCCACAAGAAAGUACUGUUAGAAAAUACAGUUAUGCGAUCUAUUAUUCGGAAACCCAUUAUCCAGAAAGCUCCAAAUUACAGAAAGCCUGUUUCCCAUAGACUCCAUUUUAU